AUGCUGCUUCUCCUGUUCAGCUGUCUCUUGCCCACUGCCAAUGGGAAGAGCUGCCUCCACUGCUGGCCAGAGCUGCCUGCACUGAUAGACUAUGACCUGCAGAUUCUUUGGGGCACCCCAGGGCCACCUGCGGAGCUCUCCCACAGCCUCCACUCCCUAUUCCUGGACAGUCAUGCUUUCCUCGAAUCCUGGUAUCUUGAUAAACCAUCACUUCUGGAAGAGGUUCAUAUCCUGAAGCAGCAGUUUUCCAAGCAUCUGGAGGACCUAUCUGAAGAGCUGAAGGAGAAGGCCUGCAACGAGUCCUGUGACAUCCGCUCCACACUGGAGGUCAUCAGCUGUGCCAACUGCAAGACCCACUUCCUCACCUGCCAAGACCCCACUCUCUGCCCAGGGACCAGGAGGAACUUCACAGUGUGGGCUGUGAGCCUCGGCAUUGCUCUUCCGCUGGCGGCCCUAGCUGGAGAUGUUACAUUUUCUGGUUCGAGAAGAAGAAAAAGAAGAAGGAGCAGGAGGCAGAAAAGGAGGUCCUGGGGCAUCCGGAACUCCGAUGGAGGGGAAGCUGUGUCGGCCUGGGGGCAACAAGGCUAGCGACCCCAAGUCUGGCUCCCGGGGUCUCACAUCCAAAGGAGUAUAGGAUCAAGGGCCAGGACUCAGGAGGGCCACCAUCAGCCCCCAGUGUGAGCAGACCCACCCAGGGCCAGGCACCUGGGACAGAGCAGCAGCCAUGCCCCAAGUCUCCACCUGAUCCACAAAGUUUCCCCUAC